AGUGCCCCGCCUGAGAGCCUCCUAGCUCCGGCGGCGCAGGUACCGGGAGCAGAGCGUCGCGGCGGCCCAAGGGGAGGCGAGCGUGCGCGUCCAAGGGGUGCCGGGGACAGGUGGUGGCGCCGCGAAGAUGGUCGCCAAGCAGCGAAUCCGUAUGGCCAACGAGAAGCACAGCAAGAACAUCACCCAGCGCGGCAACGUCGCCAAGACCUCGAGAAAUGCUCCCGAAGAGAAGGCGUCUGUAGGACCCUGGUUAUUGGCUCUCUUCAUUUUUGUUGUUUGUGGUUCUGCAAUUUUCCAGAUUAUUCAAAGUAUCAGGAUGGGCAUGUGAAGUGACUGACCUUAAGAUGUUUCCAUUCUCCUGUGAAUUUUAACUUGAACUCAUUCCUGAUGUUUGAUACCCUGGUUAAAAACAAUUCAGUAAAGCAUCCUGCCUCAGAAUGACUUUUCAUAUCAUCCUUCAUUUGUCAUUCCAAGGUUUCUUCACAAGUCAUUCCAAGUUUUCUAGUCCAUACCACAGUGCCUUGCAAAAGCACCACAUGAAUAAAGCAAUAAAAUUUGAUUGUUAAGCUACAGUAGUGGACCCUGCUUAUUCAGUCAGUAAAGAGUAAAUUUUUUUAAUGGUUAUUAAAACAGUAUCCAAUAUAGAUAAUUAGAUUAAAUUUAUGUAGAGAGGGUCUAGAUUUUGUUAACCCUAAUGUGUAAAUGCAAUUAGCUUAAUUUAAAGUUUGGAGUUACAAUUUUUAUAUAGCUAGGCACUUUAUUACUGUAUCUUGAAUUGAAAGCACACUCCUGUAUAGGGUCAUGUAACAGUCCUGUAAUAAAGUGCUUAUAUUGGAACAACUACACAGUUAGCCUAGUUUCCCAUAACUUUUAGCACCUAAAUUUUUUAAAAGCUUCUAAAUGCUUAAUAUAAAGGGAAAUGCUUAUAGCUACAACAUCUAUUUUAACAAUAUUAUUUCUGUUACACUACCUUGGAUUUUGCAUGAGUAAUUAUACUAACCUGAAAUGCCAUAAGAAAGCAACUUGAUUGAGCAUUUUGUAACUUAAUGAGUCAAUUUAUUUUCACUAAAAGCUACUGUGGUGGAGUAAAGUCAGGGAAAGUAUGUCACCAUUAAAUUCAUCAAAAUUAUUUUAAUAUAUCAAAGGGGUCUACUAUGCUAGACAACAUUUUAGGGAAAAAUACUACUAAAACUGGUUGUCUCAUCAGGACAUACUGAUGAGUCCAAUGUGCCAUCAAACAUCUUAGCACAUGAAUAGCACUUUUAAUACCAAAAAAGGCACAUCAACUAAAAACUUAGUUUGGAAAUAAUUUUCUAGAUCUAUGAUUAAAAUUUUGUUAGGGUACUAGAUAAAUCAGACUAAAGUGCCAUCUGGAAUUAAAUGGACUUACUGAUAAGGAUCAGUGUUUAGUCUUCCCUUUGUUUUAUAAUUCUAUAGGUUAUGAUCAAAGUUUCUUUUUACUAAUGGUAAGGGUGAGAAGGCAGGUUUUGGAUUUUCUGGUACCAGAAAAUUUAAAGUUUAGGCUAUUUAAAUAUGUAGUCAUAACUUGAUUUAAAAAAAAAAAAAGCAUGAGAGUGUAUCAGUGAAUUGGAAAGAAAGCUGCUCAUUUGCUUUGUUAAUUGUCUCAGGAUAUCUCUUUUAAAAUAAACUCUUAAGAGGAACAGAAGGGAAAUCUACCUAGUCAUGCACAGUGUGAACCUCAGAGAGAGCUUCUGAUACCCCUAAAUACAGGGGAGAAUGAGGGAGAGGAGCAGGUAAGAAUGUUUAGGAACUUAACUACUCAAGAACAGGGAAGGAAUCCGCUGACCUUGGAUUGGCAGGUUUUUAUCUGCAUUAUUAACCUGCCUUUGUCACCCAGGAAAUCAACCCUAGACUUGUUUCCCUCUGUGAAGCAAGUGUCUUGGUUGACUAAUUCUAUUUUAUUGUAACUUUAAAAAUGAAAGUUUUUGUUCUAAAUUUAUAGCAGGUGCCUUAUUCUUUGCUUUGAAUGAAACCAUUCCAUAUCCUCUGGUUUAGUAUAGAUAAUUGGCUUUAAGAUGUUAGGGUUUUUUUUUUUUUUUUUAAUUGUACAUGUCUUUAUUAAUUUGACUGUUAAAUUGCUAUAGCUAGCAAUCAUUUACAUAUGUAAAGUUGCAUUCCCUUUGUAUUUCAUGUGUAAUUUCCUAAUUGAGUACAUUUUAUAUUAAGGAUGGAUUAUGCAUGUUUGGGUCAAUGAAAGCUAUGUCUUACUUGAUUUGUCCUUUAAAAAUAAAGUUCCCUGAAUAUUUGAUGCCUUCUAAAA